AUGUCAGAGUGUGGAAGGGAGAUUCUGAAACAGCGAAAUAUUCCCCUCCCUCAGAUGGAUCUGUUCCCUACAGGCUCACAGUACAUCUCUUCCUAUCUCGAACAUCUCGAACGGUACCUGCAGGAUAGUGGAAAGUGUCAGAUCCAUCUCAACUGUGAAGUCUUGUCGAUAGGAAGAUCUUCCUUCCUUAAAAGGGAACACAUAAACAGCAGCAAGCGCAAGGGAGCCACCUUCCGUGCUCUGAUCUACAACUCCGCAGAGAACAAGGAGAGAUUCAUCGAGGAUGUCCAGUUUCUUGUCGACUGCAGCGGAACCUGGAACCAGCCCAACCAUGCUGGUAUCGGCGGCAUCCCAGCGCUAGGGGAGACCAGGAUGAUUAGCUCCGGGCUGAUACGGCAGCACAUCCCGAACAAGGAGAGGGAUGCGAAGCUCUUCCUUGGCAAGACGGUUGCCCUCAUAGGGUCAGGGGCGUCAGCUAUCACGUCGCUCAACGCGCUGUCGAGCAUGGCGAACCAGGGAGAAGAUGUGGAAGUUGUUUGGAUCGUGAGGAGGGGAGGGGAGCCAUACAGUCGAGUAGCUGAUGAUCCUCUCCCGCAACGAGAUCUGUUGUACAGCAAGGGGAAUGAAAUUUCCCGUGGCAAUCAUCAAGUGUUGGGAGGCCGAGUCAAAGUUUCAUACUUGCAAUGUGCGAAUGUGCUUGAGUUCCAAGAGAAGGAGCUCGGGGCAGGCAAGAAGGUUUCCAUCUCCUUGUCCAUCCAGAUCUCCAACUGCGGUUUCCGGCCCAACACCUCCAUAUGGGACGAGCUACAAGUACAUCAGUGCUACGCCUCCUCCGGGCCUAUGAAGCUGGCAGCUGCCCUUCUCUCAGCUGGAGGGGGAGGUGGAGACUGUCUCAGUCAGAGCUCGCAUGGGCCGGAGACUCUCUGCUCCCCUGAGCCAGGUUUCUUCGUUUUGGGCAUGAAAAGCUAUGGGAGGAGUUCUGCAUUCUUGCUCAAGAUCGGACACGAGCAGGUGCGGGAUGUGAUGACUCUGAUUGACAAGCAAGCCAAGGAGAUUGUACAGACUGGUGGGUGA